AUGACCCAUACACAAUACGUCGAUCGCCCGAUACCCCAAAUCUCUCUAGCAGACUUUGAGAGACGAAUCGAUCAAAUCACGAAUGAAUUAAUCGAUGCCGCUGAAAAUGUCGGCUUCUUCACUCUAGUCGACCAUGGCCUAUCGAAAGAAGAUAUCGAAGCCAUUUUCACGACCUCUAAGAGCUUCUUCGACUUACCCGAUCCCGCGAAAACAACCGUUCCGUGGAAUGCAAACAACGUUGGAUGGGAGAAGAACUCACAGGUUCGGCCCUCGACCGGGAAACCCGACAGCAAAGAGUCAUACCAAUUGCAAUUUGGGGAUAACAUGAAGGGGCUAUGGGUUGCAGACGAGCAUCUACCAGAGUUUCAAACUACUGCUCUGGCUUUCAUGCAUCGGGUGCAGGAAAUUUCGGAGUGUCUCAUGCGGUGCUUUGCACGCGGACUGGGGUUCCCCGAAGACUUCUUUGUCAAAUGCCACGAUAUCACGCGAGGGGACUCUCAAACCACUAUGCGACUACUUCAUUACUUCGCACUGCCGGAGGAAUCGAAUGGCAAGGAGUAUCAUCGCGCGGGGGCACAUGCAGAUUGGGACUUUCUGACGCUACUGUUCCAGAAAGAGGGACAGAGUGGACUGGAGAUUUGCCCUGGGCGCGAGGUGGUAACCGAAUUUGGGAUUGGGGAUGAAUGGACCAGAGUGGAGGCAAAGACCGGGGAGAUCGUGUGCAAUAUUGGGGACUUACUCAUGUCCUGGUCAGACGAUCGGUUUAAGUCGACAUUUCACCGGGUAAAGGCACCAUGUGAGCCUGGCGACUAUUUUGGGGAUCGUUAUAGCAUUGCAUAUUUCAAUCAGCCUUGCAGGGAUGCCCUGAUUCAAGGACCGCUGAAGAAAUAUCCAAUGGUAACUGGGGCUCAGUUUACCGAGAGUGCGAUGAAGAGGAAUUUUGCCGCGUUGCAGGAGAAGUUGAAGACCGUUGCGGCAGCAUAG